AUGGCGACCGGAAACUACCACUUAAACGGCGCCAACUACGGUCCACCAAUCCGUUCUCCGGUUAGAACCUACUACAGCGAAGACCGAACAAGCGGCGCCGACGUAUGUUGCAGCAUCUGUGCAUGCUUCUCGAGCUGUCUCUUUUGUUGCGGUUCUUGUCUCGUAAACAUCAUCUGUACAAUUUUCUUCUAUGCAGCUGUUACCCUUGGAGUCAUAGCUUUAUUCCUCUGGUUGCUACUCCGACCCACAGUCAUGAAGUUCCAAGUCACGGAUGCUAACUUAACGUCUUUUGAGCUCGACCCGCAAAGCCAGAACCUCCACUACAACCUCUCGUUGAAUUUUGCGAUACGUAACCCUAACCAGCGUCUCGGGAUCCGCUAUGAUCAGUUAGAGGUGAGGGGUUACUAUGGCGAUGAGCGUUUUGGCGCCGUGAAUAUGACGUCGUUUUAUCAGGGGCAUAAGAAUACGGCUUUGGUUGGAACGGAGUUGAAGGGACAGAACCUGGUUUUGUUAGACGCCGGUGGCCGGAGGGAUCUAAGGGAGGAUCGGAAGUCUGUGAUUUACAGGAUCGACGUGAAGCUGAGGUUAAAGAUGAGGUUUAAGUUUGCGUUUUUGAACUCAUGGGCCUUUAAGCCUAAAAUUAAGUGUCAUCUCAAGGUUCCGCUGAGUACCGCUAGCUCAGCCGGAGGGUUCCAGUUUCAUCCCACCAAGUGCCACGUUGACCUCUAA